AUGGCGGACGGGGUCGGUGGCAGCGACGACGGAGACAAGUCCGUGUGGGACAGUGAAGGCGAGGUGGCGAGGAGCCUCGACGGCGCUGUCUCGCCAAUUGCGACCUCGAGGAACAAGCUAAAAGGUGCUCCUGGCCCGUCCAUGCUGCAUGGUGAUGGAAAGGUCAAUGGAGCAGGGCCAUCUGCCUCUUUGGUGGAGGACUUCGUAGGGAUGGGUCUCAUUAAGGAGAAUGGAGAUGGUGGUGCAGAGUCAUUACUCGAGCUUCUUCUGGCCUACAAGGCGAUAGGCAAUGACCCUUCAUUGGAUAACUCCUCUGCUUCUGUUUGUGGCCCCCGGACCAUUGGUGAUGACAAAGACAUUCUUGCGAAUUGGGAUGCACAUGAUGCUAGUACGAGCAGCGACAGGGAUCAUAUAUCUGAUGAUUCUAGUGAUGAGGAUUUCCUACAAGGCUUGUCACAGAAGGACGAAAAAAUUGAGUCCUUAGUGAGAAUGGGCUUUCCUAAAGAUGAAGCAGAAAUGGCUAUUGUCAGAUGUGGUCAGGAUGCACCUAUGUCUGUUUUGGUUGAUUUAAUCUAUAGUUCAGAAGCUUCAGAAGAUGGUUACUAUGGCAAUUUCUCUGACCAUGAGGAUGAUUAUUUUGGAGGAAGAAAGGAAAAGAGAAAGAGAUCUGAAGAUGCAGAACAAGGUAGUAGAGGACCCUUAGAUGGUAGCCAUGAUGAGCCGAUGCCUCUCCCAAACCCAAUGGUUGGGUUUAACCUGCCAAAUGUGAGCUUAAGAUCAGUGGACAGAUCUCUACCCUCAAAGGCUAUUGUGCCACCUUUCUUCUACUAUGAGAAUGUAGCCAUUGCUCCAAAGGGUGUCUGGAUGACGAUAUCAUGGUUCUUAUAUGACAUCCAGCCUGAGUUUGUGGAUUCAAGGUUCUUAUGUGCUGCUGCCAGGAAAAGAGGUUACAUACAUAACUUGCCAAUUAAGAACAGGUCACCUCUCCUUCCCUUACCCCCAAAGACAAUAUUUGAGGCCUUCCCCCAUACUAAAAAGUGGUGGCCCUCAUGGGACCCUAGAAAACAGUUCAACUGCCUCCUGACCAAUAUGGCUAAACCUAAGUUGACGGAACAGAUUCACCAUGCUCUUGCAAAAUGUAAAGAUCCACCACCUCGACUUGUUCAGAAGUAUGUCUUGGAAACCUGCAGGACGGCGAACUUGGUAUGGGUUGGUCUGAACAAGGUUGCUCAUCUAGAGCCUGAUGAGAUGGAAUUCCUGCUUGGUUUCCCCAAAGACCACACCAGGGGAAUCGGCAGGACUGAGAGGUUCAAGUCUUUGGGCAAUUCAUUCCAUGUCGACACCUUCGCAUACCAUCUCUCAGCACUUCGGGACAUGUUUCCACAUGGCAUGAAUGUCCUUUCCUUGUUCUCUGGCAUUGGAGGAGCAGAGGUAGCUCUCCACAGGCUCGGCAUACACAUGAAGACGGUCAUUUCGGUGGAGAUAUCUGAGGUGAACAGGUUCAUCUUGAGGACUUGGUGGAAUCAGACCCAAACAGGCACUUUGAUAGAGAUCGCCGAUGUUCAGAGCCUGACUACCGAGAGGCUCGAGUCAUGCAUCAGGAGGAUUGGUGGUUUUGACCUGGUGAUUGGGGGCAGCCCCUGCAACAAUCUUGCUGGGCGCAAUCAAUUCCACCGUGAUGGCUUGGAGGGCGAGCAGUCGUCCCUCUUCUACCACUAUUACAGGAUCUUGGACACGGUGAAGUCCAUCAUGGGCAGAAUGUAG